AUGUCUCAGCAGGAAGCCUUCGAAGCGUGCUUCACAAAGCACAACCAGGCUUGCCAAUCCCUGCACAAGAAGUUCUCCGAGGCCUAUAAAUCUACGUGUCGGGCUACCUCGCGCCUUUGCUUGGAUAUUAUGCAUCACCGUGACAAGAAGGAACUUACGGAGCGGGCGAACGAGGCAAUCUCAACCAUCUUGAGCCAUCUAACAGACAUGCAUGAGACUGAAACUGCUCUUUGCGACAUUACACGACAACCUUUGCAAGACCAGCAACGCGAAGUCACCGCACUCCAAGAGAAACACGAGGCCGAACUCAGAGACAAGGAUGAAGAGAUCAAAGCCCUGAAGGAGUCCGUGAAUGAUCUGCGCGAGAACCGCCGAGACAAAGACGACAUGAUCGCCAUGACCAAGGAGAUGAACAACUUCCUUGUCGGUCAACUCCAAGAACAAAAGGAUCUGUACAAGGCUAAAGAGGAGAACAUGCGCCUAUUGAUGGCUGAGCAGAAGAAGCAGGCGGAAACACGACUGGAGGCAACUCCCAAACGCAAACUUCCGGCUCAUGCUCGUUUUCCUUGA